GGAAAUCGCUUAUCCCAGCGAGGCGGAGUGUUCCUGUUCCAACCUGUGCUUUGUUUUCUCAGUGUUAUAGGUUCCAGCUCAAUUAUUGCCUACGCCGUCUUUCAAAAUGCUGUGAGGUCCCCCGAGGUUCGGCCACUUUUCUACCUGAGCCUCUCUGACCUACUUCUGGGCAUGUGCUGGCUCGCUGGUGCCCUUCUCUAUAGCACACCAGCCUCCAAGCAGGACCUCAUCUGCUACAACCUGCAGGCAUCAGGACAAAUAUUCUACGUGGCCUCUUUUCUAUACACUGUCAACUACACCUGGCAUCUGUACAUGGACCUAAAGAUGAAAUACAAUCAGAACCUCUUCAGGAUGCCCCCCCAGGUUGUAGAUUAUGCAGGUUGCAUUGGCCGGGUAGCAACGAUCUCCUCUAGCCUGAUCCCCUUCCUCCUCAUGGUGCCUGUGUUUUGCCUGGGCAACAGCAGCAACUGCUACCAGAACUUCAGCCAGAAGCACGGAUGUCUCUUGAUGCACACAGAGAUGGCCGUGCCCACCAGCGACCCCCAGACCCUCAGCGGCUCCAUCUGCCGGGCGAUGCAUUUCUAUGGCAUCGGGGUCUUCCUCACCUCCUUCCUCAUCAGCUUUGUGGCCAUUCUGGUUAUACUCAGCCAAGCCAGAGGUUUGUACAAGAGGUUUGUGAACUCCACAGGAUUCCUGGGGGAUCAGCAGUGGGCCAUGAUUAAGAUGGUAGAACAACGAGUGGUGUUUUACCCUGCUGCAUUCCUCUGCUGCUGGGCCCCAGCUGUCCUCCUUGGAAUACUGAAGCUGAGUGUUUCCACAAACAGCAAAAUCUACAUGGCUCUUCUGAUUCUACAGGCUCUGACGGCAGCUUCCCAGGGGCUGCUGAACUGCCUGGUGUACGGCUGGACGCAGCACGGCUUCCUCUCCCUCAAACGCCGCGCCUGCCGGGACGUGGACACCCAGACCCCCCUGCUGCGCUCCCAGAAGAGGUUCUACGCCAGCACGCUGCCCGCCGCCCCCCCGGACACCGAGGGCUCCACGGCCACCCUGCUCUGA